AUGCCCUAUGAAAAUGAUCAAAAACCAGCUAGUUCUUCAGAACAAGUGAGUCGUUUCAAUACUGUAGGCACUUUUUCUUCUUCCUCCUCCUCCUCCUCCUCCUCCUCUUCUUCUUCUUCCAGCAUAAUACACGAUAAAAAAGUUGAAUUUGAAGGUGAGAUUCUUUUCAUAGAUACCAAUGAUUGGAGAUAUUCUACAUUGUUGAAAUGUCAAUUGAUUGCUUCAUUCCUAGUAUUUAUUUUAUUUGGAUUGGGAGAACAGACCGUGGGCACACUAAUCCCAGAGCUACAAGAGUACUAUCACAUUAAUGAUGGUAAAAUUGCAGUUAUUUUCCUAAUGAGUGUUUCUGGUUACUUGAUUAUGGCCAUAUGCAAUAAUCUUACACACCAGCUUUUUGGAGUGGGUGGAGUAGCCGUAAUGGGACUUACAUCGAUGACUCUGGCCUACUUGGUCUUGUCCAUGAAGCCCUCCUUGACUGCGCUUUUGAUUGCAUAUUUCUUUGCUGGAGCAGGCUUGGGAUCGCUAGAUGCGUCGCUAAAUGCAUGGACAGCUAACUUGGUAGAUUCCAAUCAGUUACUAGGCAUCAUUCAUGGGUGCUAUGGGAUAGGCAGUUUAAUCACACCGAGUUUAAUUACUUACUUGCUUGAAAGAGAAAAAAACCCAUGGAAGUGGAACAAUUAUUAUAUUCUCCUUGCCACAGUUGCAGCUGCAAUACUUGUCUUGGUUAUCUACACGUUUCGCUUUGAAUCUCCUAAAAAAUACAAGUACGUUUCACGCGCUAGGUAUCUCGAGGCUAAGCAGCAGAAUGAUUAUUCGUUUGAACUUGAUGACUUCAACCUGGAUGAAUCUGCAAAAGUGGACGAUAUCGAACAUAAUGCUUCUUUUCAAGAAGCAAUAAGAAUGCACCUAAUUUGGGGAUUUGCUUUGAUUUUAUUUAUCUAUGUUGGGGGAGAAGCUGCAUUUGGUGCUUGGUUGGUAACAUACCUUCUUCGAGUAAAAGAUUGGGCAUAUACUGUCUCUUCGCACAUGGCAACAGUGUUUUGGUUGGGUUUGACUUUGGGCAGGAUUGGUUUUGGAUUUGUGACUGCUCAUUACUUUGAUUCUGAGUUGGUAGCAAACCUCGUAUAUAUCCUUUUAUCCUUGGUCGGGUAUCUCUUAUUUUGGGCCAUCCUGGCAACUCAAUUGAACAGUGUUAUGUUCCUUACUGUGUUUUUCACAGGUGCGGUUGUUGGUCCUAUAUUUCCUACCACGAUAGUUGCCGCCAUGACGAUUCUUCCUGCUCGGUUUCAAUCUCUUGGAAUUGGUUUUAUUUGCGCGUUUGGCGGGGGUGGAGCAGCAGGGGUGCCAUUCUUGAUUGGCUUGGCAGCACAGUCGAAUAUAGGAUUGAAAGUUUUUCCUGUUAUCAUCAUCAUCAUGUUUGUGAUUUUAGCUAUCCUGUGGAUUAUGGUGUUUGUUAAAUACAAAGGGCAGUAUAAACGAACCGUAUUAUGA